CAGCAUCAUAUUGGAGGGAGGACGAGCAUGAGUAGGACGCUGUCUGAAAGCUGGAACUCCUAAAGUUUUUUGCCCAAUACCAAGCGACCGGGCACUUUGAGCUCCUCACAAGGGUUUUUCCCACCGACGGGCUGGCCGAAGGGCUUUCAAAAGAGAAAGAUUUCUUUUUGAAUGUGAUGCCAAGUUCUCACACUCCUUUUUUCACCCACCAUGGCGGAAAACAAGCAGCAAAGAAAAGGAUCUGGAAGUACAAAUCGCUCCUCAUCUCACACCUGCUUGUGGAGCAUGGGUACAACUGCCAGUGCUGCGCCACAGCCUGUUUCUGUAGCGCCGCCACUUGAGAGUGUCCUUGCCAACGGGAUGGCCGACAGCAGGCAGUCUCUCAGUAUGAGCCCCUUUCAGACAGUCAACAUCCACAACAACAAGGCCAAGUCCAUUAUCACCAACAAAGUCGCACCUGUCGUCAUCACGUAUAAUUGCAGACAGGAAUUUCAGAUUCACGAUGAAAUCCUCAAGACCAACUACAAAGUGGGCCGGAUAUCAGACACUAUGCCCGAGCACUACUUGGUGCAGGGGGAGUACUUCAUGGUCCAGGAUGUGUACAGCAAGACAGAUGUCCUCAAUACCACGGGCAGCUAUGGAGCGCCCAACUUCCGCCAAGUCAAGGGAUCCUACCCGCUGUAUGGGAUGGGUCAGCCGAGCCUGAAUGGCUUCAGACACGUUCUUCAGAGGCUCCAGGCACAAGGACACGAGGAGGUUAUAUUCUUCUGUGUAAGAGAGGAGCCGGUGGUUUUCCUGCACAAGGACGACAACUUUGUGCCGUACACCCCCAGGAGGAAGGAAAACCUCCAUGAGAACCUUCAUGGCCUGGAAAAGGAGGAGCUGGUGGAGAGCCUGGAGAUCACUAUUAGGAAGGAGCUUCACGACUUUGCCAAGCUCAACGAAAACAUCUUCUACGUCUACAAUGAUAUCGAGUACUUUAAAGACGAGCCACAGAAGAUCUCCAUCACGUGUGAGGAGGACAUCCAUGUGACUGAGGAGGUCUAUAAGAGGCCCAUGUUCACCAUGCCGGCUUACAGGUACUUCAGAUUACCACUACCAAUGGAGGGAGCACCAUUGGAAGAAGACUUUGACGCAUUUGUAAACAUACUCAGGGAGAGGCCCAGCUUGUCUCUGGGCCACGAUGCGUCCCGUCCGCUGCCUGCUCUGCUCUUCAGCUGCCAGGUGGGCGUCGGCCGAACCAAUCUAGCCAUGAUCCUGGGCACUCUGGUCAUGAAUCGUGUGAGGGGUGAUUCACAACUACAAGUUGAGGAAGCUGCGGCUUCAGAGCCCAAACCAUUGUUUCAGGUCAUCCAGUCUCUGAUCAACAAGCUACCUAAUGGACAGCAGGUCAUGGAAGAGGUUGACCAGGCUAUCUCCCUGUGUUCAGAAAUGCACAACAUAAAAGCAGCAAUAUAUGAAAACAAGAGUAAGCUGGAAGGGAUCGGAGAAGAUUAUCAAAUUCAGGGAAGCAGUACCAAAGACUACUUUCUUAACAGAACCAUGCAGAGCUUGGAGCGCUACUUCUACUUGAUUGUAUUUAAUGCAUACCUUCAUGAACAGUAUCCUCUUGCCUUUGUGUCCAACUUCAGCCAGUGGAUGUGCUGCCAUACAUGGCUGUACAGGUUACUGGCCUGCAUGGACCUAUCAGAGUUGUCGGCUCCGGCCGAACUGGUCACCAGAGGAGCUCGCGUCCUGGUUGCUGAUGAGUGUUUGGCUCCUGACGUGCUCAGCACAGUGAAGGAGAUGAAGGCGGUCAACUUCAGACGAGUGCCCAAGAUGCCUGUUUAUGGAAUGGCUCAGCCAACAUCAGAGGCUACCGGAGCAGUUUUGGCCCAUCUGACGGAUGAGAAGAGGAAGCACAACCACGUGUUGUGGGUCAACUUGCAGGAGGAGCUGGUGCUGGAAGGGAACGGUCAGAUUUUUACACCAAGGGAGCCUUUGUGCCUGGACCAGCACAUUCCUAUCCCAUUGUCUGACCCACAGCUAAUAGAGAAACUGGAGAUGUCUCUGAAAGAGGAGAUCCUGCGAGCUCAGAAGUGGCUGGAGGUGACCCUGGAGCAAGAGAAACAGAUGAAGAUGUUUAAAAGCUGCCUGACAGUCCAGGAGAUCUUCAACCAGCACAAAAGCUCCCACCCAGGCCUCGUCAGCAAACGCAUCCCCCUGCCGGACUGCAGCGCGCCCACCGAGGAGGAUUUUGAUAAGCUGUUGGAGGCCAUGAAGAGUGCCUUGGCUGAGGACUCUCACUCAGCCUUCGUUUUUAACUGCUCCAACGGCAAAGGCAGGACCACGACCGCCAUGGUUGUCUCUGUUCUGACUCUGUGGCACUUUAAUGGUUUUCCAGAGUUUGGCGAUGAUGAGUUUGUGAGUGUUCCUGACGCCAAAUACACAAAAGGAGAAUUUGAGGUUGUAAUGCAGCUGGUGCGUCUGCUCCCUGAUGGCCAUAGGAUGAAGAGGGAGGUGGAUAUGGCCCUGGACUCUGUCAGCGAGACCAUGACCCCCAUGCACUACCAUCUGCGAGAGAUCAUCAUCUGCACGUACAGACAGAUCAAAAGUGGUAAGACGGAGAAGGAGUGUCAGCAGCUGCUGCUGAGGAGCUUGCAGUACCUGGAGCGCUACAUUUACCUCAUCCUCUUCAACACAUACCUGCAUCUAGAGAAGAAAGACUCCUGGCAGCGCUCCUUCACUCUCUGGAUGGAACAGCUUUAGCACAGAGGCACAGCAAAAAAAAAACACCGCCAAAAGCCUUGAAUGUCUGAAAACUCACUGAAUGAAAAUCUCUUCCUUCUUUGUCCUUAUUGAGGUGGAAUAAACUCAACAGAAAAAACGCAGAAUUCCAAAAUAGUCUGGAACAAUAGCUGUGAAAACAAUUGUCACAGAAAUAUGCACGGCCAAUCAGGGCAUAUUCUUCCUGUUAUGAAUAGCAAAUAUAUGUGGUGCAUCAGGGUGACUCUAAUGGCCCAGCUAUGCCAUGAGAAAAUAAGUGUGCACACAGGGAACAGGAACGCUCUACUGUAAAGCAGGCAACAGAAAAUGUGUCAUAACAUAGUAUUGUAAUGUCAUUCUCCCUUUAUGUCUGUUUUAUCAUUGAGGUAGUAUAGAUAGUAUUUUGUUUUUGUUGCUAUUCCUUUCUGCCUUUCUUUGGUUUGUCCUUCUGACUUGAAACUGCCUUCUUUUGAGCAAAAACUCUAACAGCAAUUUUGCACAGUAGUCUGGUCCUAGUAUCGGGAUAAUGUUCCUCAUAGUAGUGUGAUAGCAACUGUGUUUGAAAAAGAUUUUCAUUGUUUGUUUAACCUGCAAUAACGGAUUAUUUUUUUGGCCACUUUAGGGCAGCGGAAACAAGUGGGCAACACAUAAUUGACUUAUGACUUUUUAAGUUGAUAUGGCAAACCUGUUAGCAAUCAGUUUUUUAUUUUAAUAUCCAACAUUAUGGAGAAACAUAAUCAUUUCAUCAAGUGUUUAUGGCCAGCUGAUGAAAUAGUUUGCUCUUUAGUAGCUAAGUGCUGUACUAUGUUCAACAGCUAGUUACAAACUAUGUCUGUUUGCUCUGUUUGGUACUGAGCAGGCAGUGUACAGUGGGGUUUUAGAGCUUUUUUGAUAAACAGCUGCCCGCUGCGGGAGAAAACGAUGAACCAAAACAUUAAAGUCGCCAGCCAAUUUAACAAUGAGCUGAAACUCAAACUAUAAAGCUCUGCAAACCGAAGAGAGCUGCAGAUUCAAGUGAUUCUCUGUAGGGUCAUCACUACGGGCCACAUCUUUCACAUUAUUUAAUACAUUGCUUUAAAAUAUUGAUUAUAGCCACUUUAAAUUUACCCAAAACUACCACACACCAUUGUUACACACCUGAAAAAGAAAUUUCUUUGAUUUGGUUUGAAACUUUACUAAAAAGUGAGCCCAUAAAAUGCAAUAAGCUUUUUCUGUGUAAAAUACCUCGUCUUUUCAUACCUUAAAGUGUUUUUUGCACAAGCAAGUAGUGUAUAGUCAAUCCAACUUUUUUUUAUUCUCAGUCCCUUAAGGUGCUGUUUUUGAAGACCUUAUUUUAAUAGCAAAUUAUGCAAUUUAUUGGAAAAUAUUUCUAAGCCUAAAUGACCAUGAUAGCCGUGUUUUAUAAAUGCAUAUAUAUCAUUAUAGGCAAUUCAGUUUAAUCGGCUGCUUAGUAUAAAUAAUAAUCAAAAUGAUCCAUCUGUUAAAUUUGCCCCUUCAAACCUCAGUGGUCAAAGAAGCGUUAUCGACACAACAGGUAUUGUGGCGCUCCACAGGUGUCUUGUGGUGCACUUUUGGCUCCCAACUUCUGGCUAUCUAUUCGAACACCUGGGGCCAUGUCUGAGCUGGACGACAAACGCGUCCUUUAGAUGUGCCAGUGCAGUCUGCUCUCACCCCCCCUGUCCACUGGGAAGGUCUGGAGGGAAACCGGUGAGCAGGCCGGUAUAUCACAGCCAUCCAUCAACUGCACAGAGAGCAUCAUUCAGAUAACACAACAUAUAUCAAAUGAGCCAAUUUUCAGGCUAUUUCAGGCCUGACCGUUAUCUCUAGAAGGCCACACCUGCUUCAAAGCACUGUGAUUCCUCUCUGAAAUGGCAAACAAAAUUGUGCAAUUAAUGUGAGAUGCUACAGUAAAUACUCAAAUAAGCGCUGGUAUUGAAGGGAUAGCAGAUCGCUAAUAAAGGCGGGGCUAAAAAACAUUGGUGGAAUUGCCUUUAGCCUUCUACAACAGUUCACAUGGCACAUUUAGUAUACUGUCCUGUUCCACAGCACACAUUCCAUCAUUACAAAAACAGUGAUGUUGUGCUCAUCAUUCCUGAUUGAUGCAAAGUUACUGUGAACCAAAAUCAACACUUCCUGAUGCAAAACUUUUAAUGUGUUGGUUGAGUUUCAUUCAUGGUAGCUAGGGCUGCAAGAUAUGAGGAAGAUAUGCGAUAACAUUGUUGAAUAUCGCGAUAACGAUAUUACUUGCAAUAAACAAACCAAUAUUAAAGUGUGCUCAAUUCUGCCUUUCUGCUGCUUUCAGUA